UAUGGAAAUAUGUGGGGGUUCUAUGAUGGUCGACAGCCUGUGUUGGCUGUCACAGAUCCAGACAUGAUCAAAACAGUGCUUGUGAAAGAAUGUUAUUCUGUGUUCACAAACCGGCGGUCUACUGGCCCAGUCGGCUUUAUGAAAAAUGCCAUCUCUCUGUCUGAGGAUGAAACUUGGAAGAGAAUACGAACAUUGCUGUCGCCAACCUUCACCAGUGGAAAGCUCAAAGAGAUGUUACCCAUUAUUGACCAGUAUGCAGAUGUGCUGGUGAAAAACCUGAGAAAUGAAGCAGAGAAAGGGAAGUCCAUCAACUUAAAAGAUGUCUUUGGGGCCUACAGCAUGGAUGUGAUUACCAGCACAUCAUUUGGAGUGAACAUCGAUUCCCUCCACAACCCACAAGAUCCCUUUGUGGAAAAUAUCAAGAAGCUGUUAAAAUUUAAUUUCUUGGAUCCAUUCAUUCUUUUAAUAACACUCUUUCCAUUCUUUACCCCAGUUUUUGAAGCAUUGAAUAUAUCUCUGUUUCCAAAGAGUGUUACUGAGUUUUUCAAAAAAUCUGUAAAAAGGAUGAAAGAAAAUCGUCUUCAAGAUAAACAAAAGCACCGUGUGGAUUUUCUUCAGCUGAUGAUUAACUCCCAGAAUUCCAAAGAAAUGGACACCCAUAAAGGUAACCAAAGCAAGCUUUAGAGGGCCAGUGACGGG